GCGGCGGGCUGGGGCCAAGACCCAGAGACCAGAGCAGCAGGCACCAAGGCAGCCUGGAGAGGGACGAGCGCCAUGAGCAGCAAAUGUGACGUGGUCGUGGUGGGGGGCGGAAUCUCAGGUAUGGCAGCAGCCAAACUUCUGCAUGACACUGGCCUGAAUGUGGUUGUUCUGGAAGCCCGGGACCGUGUGGGAGGCAGGACUUACACCACUAGGAACCAAAUGGUUAAAUAUGUGGACCUUGGAGGAUCUUAUGUUGGACCAACCCAGAAUCGCAUCUUAAGAUUAGCCAAAGAGCUAGGAUUGGAGACCUAUAAAGUGAAUGAAGUGGAGUGUCUGAUCCACCACUCAAAGGGAAAAUCAUACAAAUUCAGGGGCCCGUUCCCACCUGUGUGGAAUCCAAUUACCUACUUAGAUCAUAACAACCUUUGGCGGACAAUGGAUGACAUGGGACAAGAGAUUCCCAAUGAUGCCCCAUGGAAGGCACCCCUUGCAGAAGAGUGGGACCACAUGACGAUGAAGGAGCUGCUAGACAAGAUCUGCUGGACUGAAUCUGCAAAGAAGCUUGCUACUCUCUUUGUGAACCUGUGUGUCACUGCGGAGACCCAUGAGAUCUCUGCUCUGUGGUUCCUGUGGUAUGUGAAGCAGUGUGGGGGCACAACCAGGAUCAUCUCAACAACCAAUGGAGGGCAGGAGAGGAAAUUUGUGGGUGGAUCUAGUCAAGUGUGUGAACGGAUAAUGGACCUCCUUGGUGAGCAAGUGAAACUGGAGAGGCCCGUGACCCACAUUGACCAGACAGGAGAAAAUAUCCUUGUGGAGACCCUAAAUCAUGAGGUGUAUGAGGCUAAGUAUGUGAUUAGUGCUAUUCCUCCUACUCUGGGCAUGAAGAUUCAUUUUAAUCCCCCUCUACCAAUGAUGAGAAACCAGCUGAUCACUCGUGUGCCUUUGGGUUCAGUCAUCAAGUGUAUUGUUUAUUAUAAAGAGCCCUUUUGGAGGAAAAAGGAUUACUGUGGAACCAUGAUUAUUGAAGGAGAGGAAGCUCCCGUUGCCUACACGUUGGAUGAUACCAAACCUGAUGGCAACUAUGCCGCCAUAAUGGGAUUUAUUCUUGCCAACAAAGCCAGAAAACUGGCACGUCUUACCAAAGAAGAAAGGUUGAAUAAACUUUGUCAGCUCUAUGCAAAAGUUCUGGGAUCCCAAGAAGCUUUGCAGCCAGUGCACUAUGAAGAGAAGAACUGGUGUGAGGAUCAGUACUCAGGAGGCUGCUACACAACCUACUUUCCCCCAGGGAUCAUGACUCAAUAUGGGAGGGUUCUACGCCAGCCGGUUGGCAGGAUUUAUUUCGCAGGCACGGAGACUGCUACACACUGGAGUGGCUACAUGGAGGGGGCUGUGGAGGCUGGGGAGAGAGCAGCCCGAGAGAUCCUGCAUGCUAUGAGGAAGAUUCCAGAGGAUGAAAUCUGGCAGUCUGAACCAGAGUCUGUGGAUGUUCCUGUGCAGCCUAUUACCACGACUUUCUUAGAGAGAAAUUUGCCCUCCGUGCCAGGUCUGCUGAGGCUGAUUGGAUUUACUACCAUCUUUUCAGCAACUGCUCUUGGUUUCCUGGCCCACAAAAGGGGCUUACUUUUGCGGCUCUAAAGAGAAGGCAUCUUUAACCAUACCUUCUUCUUACUUUAUUCGGUAUGUGGGUUUAGGGAAGGAGUUGUAAUAAAGUUUCAUGAAGACAUACAGAGUCUAGUGUGAGGUGGGGAGCAAGAUAAGUCAGACUACUGACCAUAGGAAACAGUAUCUUUCUCCAUUUGGUCCCUGUUUAUUGUCUCCUGUUUGGCCUAGCACUCUGUCUUGCCCAUUUCCAAAUGUAUUGCCCACAGAAACUUCACAGUAGUUAAGCAGUCCUGUUUAAGGUCCUUGCUGUCCCACAACACACCUUGCCCAUGCACAAAAAACUAGCUUUUCCCCACCUCUGUGGCUUUGUGCUUCUCUUUCUUCUUACCUGUAACAUCCCUAUCUUUCAAGUUCUCAGCAUUUGUUCUUAGAGUCCUGUAUUGUUAUAGCUGGUAGACCUUAGAGACCAUCUAGUCCUCAUCUUCUGUUUUAGAAUUGAACCAACUAAAGCUGAGAGAGGUGGAACAUAAUUGUCCAAGGUCUGAAGCAAGACCUUGAUAUUUUGGAGAAUAGAACACAAGAUCAUUGCUUUUUCCACCUCCUGGGAUGUACGCUCUAAUAACUCUCCUCUACUCUCUGUUAUAGUUGCUGAUGGUGCCCCCUUGUAUGGGUUUACUUUGUACUAAGUUGU